AUGCAAGUCGCGAAAAAAUACUUCACAGAAGGCCUGAUUCAGUUGACCAUCCUGCUCAGUUUGAUUGGAGUUCGCGUGGACAUCGACAGCUACUUGAGCGGCUACUACUCGCCUCUGAUUGAAAUUAACUUGGGUCCCAGCUCAGCCUACACCCAGACGCCCUUCCAUAACUUAAGAGACACUCUCGGGGGAUACACCGUGCACCCCAAAUGCCCCGAAUUGGACUACUUUUUUGCAAGUCGCCGGCUUCUGGAGGAGGUUCGGACUCUGGGCUCUCCGCGGUUCCCCACGCAGCUGAACGCAUGGCUGGUGCACCAAGUGUCGCCCGUUGACAAGUCUGACGGUGGACAGCCUUCAACUAGCAGCAGCGCAGACACCGAGCCGGACCCAGAAAGCUACCAAGCCAGCGAUGACAGGAACCAAGAGCUUCAGCGAUCAUCCCCACCUGGGCCUUGUGUCAGCAGGGUUAUAACAGAGGAGGACGAGGACGAGGAGGAGGAGGAGGAUGAUGUCAUUAAACAAGAGGCGGAAUCUGCUCCUGUCACUCAGCUGGCACUCAGUUCCACUUUGGAACAAGAGUGUGCGCUCGAUGGCAUCGCUUCACUGUCUCAGUCACCGCGUGGCCCGCCGCCCACGACCGACUUUGACCAGCACUGGAGCCGUUUCCUCUCGAUGCCCGUCGCUAACCUCGACGACUUGGACUCUCUCGUUACCGAGCGCCUGUCAGACCUGGACAUAGACAGCAGCAGCGACAUCAACCUGGACGCCGCUUUGCUGGACGCCAUGGUAACCAGCGGCGGCGCAUUUGACGGCAGGCAGCAGAGGCCGUUAUUCCGACAGGAAUCCAGCGGCUCCGCCUGCUCGGACGCUUCGGCGGGAAUGGCCCUGGGGCUGGCCGCGCUCCCGUUCGCCUCGGUGUGUAGCUUAAGUGACGGCGCGUCGUUGCAAAGCGCGCCGGGCGACUGCUUGGAUGAGGCCGUCUUUGACCAGAUCAAUCAAUUGGGGUUGGAGGGCUUGGAAAACAUGGACUCCUCGCCGCUGAUGGAUUCUUUGGGAAACAUAAACCCAGACAUCCUUGAGGAUUUGGACUCCGACUCUGGUCUCUCCCUGGAGAGCAGCUCUGGAGGUGCGGUCUCCCCAGGCUCAUCCGAGAUGUCAUCGUCGUCCAGCUCGUGCGAAGAUGAAUGCGGAGCGACGGGUUACAGCAGCGAGGUGGAUUCCCUCCCCUUCAAGGGUGUUUUGGACCGUGCCACCGCGUGGCCCCGGGUGGAUCUCAGCGAGCGCGUGUGGCACGACCACAGCUACUCGUCUUCGGCCUUUUUGAACCUGCCACCGGUCACCCUCCCCCACAAAGGCAUCAAGGAGGAGCCUUCGAGCGAAGACGAGGGGCCCACUUUCGAGCAGCGGGAGAUGAGUCGCGACGAGCUACGCGCCCGCGCCAUGUGCAUCCCGUUUUCCGUCCUGGAGAUCGUCAACAUGCCCGUGGAGGAGUUCCUGGAGAUCGUCGACGGGCACGGCUUCUCCCCCGAACAGGUGACGCUUCUCCGGGACAUCCGGCGGCGGGGCAAGAACAAGCUGGCGGCGCAGAACUGCCGCAAGCGCAAACUGGAUGCCAUCACGGGGCUCCAGGAGGAGGUGGAGCGGCUCCACGCCCAGAGGGACCGGUUGCUGAGGGAGAAACAAAUCACGGCCAAGACCAUGGGGGCCGUGGGGCAGCAGAUACAGCAGCUCACCAGAGACGUCCUGGCUCGCCUGACGGAUGAUUCGGGACGGCCCCUGAACCCGGACCGAUUCACCCUGCAGUGCGGGGCCAACGGGAGGGUGGUGGUUCAGCCCGUGAGAAGGCCGGCCGUCUCCGCGUCGUCCAGCAAUAAAACGGACAAGAGGAAGAAGGGGAAAAAGCAAUGACGCGGUAUUUCUUUGUUCAACCUCAAGCGGAACUUUCUUGCCUUUCUCCGGCUGCGGGAUUGCCUUACCAAGGUCUGCGCGCGCGCGUGUCAAACCACUGCUGUUGGGGAGUGUUAUCAAGCUGCCAAAAAAGGAGAAACUCAUCAUCAAAAAAAAAAAAAGAUAAAAAUGACUCCUGGGGGGGGGGGGUAAAUGUAGCUUAUACACUGGACAUCCUAAGCUUAUUUCAGAUGAACACGUUGGAAGGAAAGUUUGUAUGCGACUCCCAAGUGAUGCAAACCACUCGCUUAGCGUGCCUGCAAAUAUCAAAAUGGAUCACAAAUGAAUGCUGGCCAGUCUCAGCUUACGUGUCAGCAUGGCCGGCCAGCCGAGAUUACGGGGACGUCUUGUUUGAAAUGCAUCCUCUCAGCGUCGCUGCGACUCCCAGCAGGUGUUUCAAGGCUGUAUUUAUUAAACCAUUUUGAAGUGCGAGAAAUGCUUUCACACGCAUCAAAAGCUGACAAAUGGCAGCAGGUUUUUUUUUUCUAUAAUUGCAACCAUAUCGUGGAAAGAGAAAUGGCAAAUGACAUAUCUGAUGUUUACAGACUUCUUUCGGAUUUUUGCAAGUGUGUGCUGUAUUCGAGUUUGAAAUAAGAUGAGAGAUUGUGUUGCUUAUGUCUUGAUGACAUCAACGGAAUACCAAUGAUUAAACUGACAAGGCCUUAAGUUGCAUUGGAUAGUUUGCGAUGUGCAUGAUCCACAAUUUGAAAUCAUCAUUAAUUGGUUUAAAGCACCAUUUGUACUCAUUUGAGAGAUUUGCCAGCAUUAUUUUCUACCUUUCCACCUGAGUUCAUUUUAAAACUUGAGGGGGGGGGGGGGGGGAAACGUUGAAAAAUAUAUUAAGUGCGCUUAACUAUCACUCCGGUCAUUGGUAAAAUGUCACUGAUCCUAAACUAUCCCCUUGAAGAUACAAUCACAUUUUAUGUUUGGGACCGUUUGAAAAGUAUUUAGUGAAGGUUGCUGUGUUCAAAAAGAAGAUCAAUAGAUUGGCAUCCACAAUUUAGUUGAUUCUUUCUUUGGUUCUCACAUUUUCCAUUUUUAUCUGCUUUAACCAAGUGUUUACUUUUUAAUUUGACUUGGUAUAAAAAUGUUCUCCCCCUCUUCUCUCCAUCAUUGCUGGCCAGAUGUCUUUGAUUGCAUGGUGUUGUUGGAUGUGCUAGUCUGUUUUCUUCUUGGGGGGACUUCAAGAUGGUUUCUGACAUGAUUCUGAUUAAAAAUAUAAACAAUG